AUGACGGACAUACAUCCACCCGCCGCAUCCUCCUCGUCCGGCCGCGUCGGCGGAUUCAGCCACAGCAAUAGGGACUCUCUUUACUCGCAGUUGCGUUGGUCAUCGCAUCAUCAACCCACCACUCGCAAACGAAAAUUGCAACUGCUUCGAUCUUAUUUACCGGAUUGGAUCAUCACCAUCCUUCUGGCCGGUCUUCUUGCUAUCAUCAACAACGUCCACGGAUUUCGCCGAGAAUUCUCUCUUACGGACACUUCGAUCCAGCACACAUAUGCGGUGCACGAACGCGUCCCCGUUUGGCUACUGGGAAUCUUGGCAGUUCUCAUCCCCGUCAUCAUCAUUGCUGUAUUCUCACUCGUCAUCUCUCGUUCGGUAUGGGACCUGCACAAUGGCCUGCUCGGAUUCGUCCUCGCUAACGCUCUCACGGUGACAAUCACCACAAUUGUCAAGGUCACUGUAGGGCGGCCGCGUCCGGACUUGAUCGAUAGGUGUCAACCAGCGCCUGGAUCAGCUAACGCGAUACCAUACGGUCUCGUCACGGACAUCAUCUGCACGGUCGGAGUCAAUGACAAGACGCUUCGUGAUGGAUUCCGCUCUUUCCCGUCCGGUCACUCGUCGACCUCUUUCGCCGGCUUGACUUACCUCUCGCUCUAUCUCGCUGGUAAACUGCACCUGUUCGAUGGACGUGGACACGCGGUCACAGCCUGGUUAUGCGGAACGCCGCUCAUGGCCGCCACGCUGAUCGCAGUGAGCAGAACGAUGGACUACAGACAUCAUGCGACAGAUGUCAUUGCUGGAUCACUGCUGGGGCUGAUCAUUGCCUAUUGGAGUUACAAACUGUAUUAUCCGCCGCUCGCACACAGGCAGAGUCAUAAACCCUACUCGCCAAGGAUUCCGGCGGAACACUUGUCGGGUGCUAAUGAGCAGCGGUAUGCCGAUGUCAGUGGUGAAGAUGGUGAGGCGAGGUACAAUCUUACCCACGGCAACGGUGGCAACGACUUGGAUACCGAGCAUGAAGCGGAUAACGAAGCUCCAGGAAACUACACCAAGCCAAGUGCUGGAGGACGUGCGCUGGACAUGUCGAUGGACUAUCCGGAACAUGAUACCGUGUCUCGAGUCUGA